UACGUUAUAAUAAAAACAAUGCUGUAAAUAAUUCAUAGAUACACCAAGUAUUAUUUUUAUUUUUUGUGAAAUUACAAAAAGAGUUUAUUGUACACAAAACCAUGGAUUUACGCGAGUGCCUUAAGGAAUAUAUUCCUGAUGACAUUCUGCAACGGACAAAAAAAUUGUAUGACAAAGCUUACAAGGCACGAUCUUUUACUUGUAAAAAGUCACAAGCACUGCCAGAGCUAAUUAUCGAUGGUUUAGACACUGAGCAGAUAUGGCAACAAAUUGAGCUCGAAAACAGCGAGGUGCUUGGCAAAGAAAGUUUGGAAAACAUAUCCAAAUUACUAGCGAGUUCAAAAUGGAAUUUUUUAUCUGAUGAUAGAGCUCAACAGUCUGAAAAUUCCAAUGGUGAGAAGGAAAAGGAAGAAGGCAAGGAUGAAGGAAAAAAGAAUUUAGAAACACGGGGACAUCAGUCUGAAGAGUCAGAGGACGAUAUUGUUAGUGACAAUAGCAAGAGAAAAGCGAAACAAACAUCUCAUAGCUCAAAGAAAAAAAGAAAAACAGAAGUAGACGACAAAUUUUUUAGUUUGUCACAAAUGACGGACUACCUGACAAAAAUGGAAAAAAUGGAAACAAGUGGGAAAAAGUCAAAAAAGCCAGUCAAUUCUGAUGAGGAUGAUGAUGACGAUGAUAUGUCUAUUGAUUUGUUUAAUGACAUACCAGAAGAAGAUGACAAAGGUGGAAGCGAUGACGAAAUUAAAACUGGGAAAUCAGUCAAGUACAAUGACUUUUUUGAUAGUCCUGAAAGUGAAAAUGGGGAAAUGGAGGCCAGUGAUCACGAUAAACAAGAUGAUGAUGAUGAAGAAGAAGACAAUGAUAAUUAUGAUGAAAAUGACAAUGAUAGUGAGCAUGAAUUUGAUAAUAAAGAUGACAGUGAUAAUGUAGAUGAUGAGAAAGAACAGACCCAGGAAACGCAGAAAAAAGUGAAGUUCAAUCUCUUAAGUAAUUCAGAUGAUUCUGAUUCAGAAAAAGAAGUUGAUAGUCAAGAAAGUAAAAUUGAAAAUAAAUCUUCCUUUGAAUCUAGAAAAGAAAGGUUGACAAAGAAAAUUGAACAACUAGAAAAGGAAGCAAUAGCUGAAAAACCAUGGCAAUUAAAAGGAGAGACCACUGCCAACACUAGACCGAAAAAUUCUCUUUUAGAAGAAUUUGUAGAAUUUGACACAGGGUUAAGACCAGCGCCUAUUAUGACAGAAAAGACAACUAUGAAAUUAGAAGACAUAAUCAGGUCGAGGAUAAAGGAUAAAGCUUGGGAUGAUGUUGAAAAGAAAGUCAAGCCUGUUGAAACACCAUUGGAGUACAAAAAAAAAUUAGUCAUGAAUCAAGAGAAGAGUAAAGAAAGUUUAGCACAAAUUUAUGAAAAUGAGUACAUCAAGCAGAGAGAAGCUUUGACUGGAGAGGAAAAAGAUGAGGAAAACAAAGAAGAACCACCAGAGCAUAUUGAAAUUAGAGAAAAAAUGCAUUCUCUUUUCAGAAAACUCGAUGCUUUGUCCAACUUUCAUUACACUCCUAAACUCGCUAAGCCAGAAAUUAAAAUUGUUAGCAAUAUACCUGCAAUAAAUAUGGAGGAAGUGGCUCCUAUAGGAACAAGUGAUGCUACAUUACUUGCACCCGAAGAAAUUAAAGGUAAACCGAAAGGUGAUUUGUUGGGUAAAUCAGAAAGGAGUAAAACAGAUAAAAAGCGAGAAAGGCGCAAAAAGAAGCUUAAGCAACACAAUCGUGCUGUGUAUCAAAGUAAGAAAGGAGAAAACGAUCAGAAAAAGAACAAAAAGAAGUCGAAAGUUGAUGAACCCAAGAUAACGGGUCGCAAUAUUUUAAACACAGGUACUUCAGACCAGCAAGCCAUUAAAUCCUCAACGGCAUUCUUUACUAAAUUACAAAACGAAGUUACUACGGGUACAAAAGAAAGUACGGGUAUGAAACACAAGAAAAAAGCUACUGUUCGUUAGUUCCAAAUCUUUUACAGUUGAAAAAAAAAAAAAAAAAAAUGUUAUGUAAUAUUGUUUUUUUACUGUAUAGUUGUACUUCAUACGAUUUAGUGAGUAAAAUAAAUGCGAUUUGUUUAAAA